UUUAAGCAUGCGGCCUCUGGAACUGCCACCCCCAAAUCUCGAACCUUCUCGAUGCGACGAAGACUAUGAACCUUCUGGAUACUACUAUAUGACUCAAAUCGCCGACAAAUUAGCCGAACUUCCAGAAUACUUCUUCUAUAUAAUAAUAUCGGUCACUUCACCUUCUUAGCCGAUUCCAUCGUUUCCUAUCCGGAUUGAAUUAAUUACUGCAAUUUUCUGUGAUCGACUCAAUAUUUUCGAUGCCUACUCGUCCGAUCGGAGGAAUAGCCCAGGACUGGGAGCCGGUGGUGCUUCGUAAGCAAAAGCCCAAGUCGUCAGAGCUACGGGACCCGAAGGCCGUGAACCAGGCGCUUAGGACCGGCGCUCAGGUCCUGACCGUGAAGAAAUUUGACGCCGGUUCUAACAAGAAGGCUCCGGCAACGGCAGUGAACGCAAGGAAGCUGGACGAGGCGGCGGAGCCAGCUGCGCUGGAGAGAGUUCCGGCGGAGGUGAGGCUGACUAUACAGAAGGCAAGGAUAGAGAAGAAAUUGACACAAGCGGAGCUCGCAAAGCAGAUUAACGAGCGAACUCAAGUGGUCCAAGAGUACGAAAAUGGAAAGGCUGUGCCAAACCAGGCGGUGCUGGCUCGGAUGGAGAAGGUCUUGGGAGUCAAGUUGAGAGGGAAGUCAAAAUGAGCACAGUUGUGUGUCGUGUAGGUAAUUGAUUGUUGGGAGAGAAUAACUGUGUUAAUUUGAACUGUGUCGGGGGUUGUGAAUUUGUGAUGUCUUGGAAGCCAGAGUUGCUCUAUUACGAAUUCUCAAUGGAAAUGAAUUCAUUUGUAUACGUUCUACAAAUGUCAUUGAUGAUUUAAUGCCACGAACACAAGGUGUUUUAUACACUUGUAUAUACUUUUUAUUACUUAUUAUAUACUUCGUAUAUGUAUAUACACACUGCGUAUUACAUAUAUCUGCCUUGGUGAAGAUCGUAGAAUUGUCCAAUGAAAGAUUAUGAAAUAAGCAUUAGAUUAUGAAAUAUGAAAUUGUCGGGUUGUGAAACUGACCGGUG